GAGGAAAUUUGAUUUGAAUUCUCUAGUUGGAGUGAAAUAUUGUAUAGUGAACGGAAGGUGCUCGAAGAAAUGCGUGAGAGAGUUGUUGUUUUGUAUGAUUAUGUGUGUUUGUGUUGAGCAUAGUACAAUCUAGUUUUUUGUACGAGUUGAGCUUUGAAUGAUGAGUUCUAAACAGUGCUUCUGAUGAUGAGAUCAAUGUAAAUAAUUGUAUGAGUUCACAAACAAUUAUUCUGUUGUGUAGAGAGAGACUCAUCUCCAUGGCACCAAGGUGGAAAUGGGCUUUAGGUUUCCUCUCAAGUUGUAACGUAUUUCUAUCAGAGCAAGCUGAGCUUUUGGACCGUUAUUGUUUCGGUAGACUAGUUUUUGGUGCCGAGAAAGAUAAGAGAUGGAUUCAGUUAUCUUAUGAAGAAGCUUUCUUUUUGUUCUACAAACUGAAAUGCAUCAAGAUCUCCCUUCACGGUCGUUCUCUGGUAAACGGGGUAGAUUUAUGGCGAUCCAUAAGAUCCUUUAAGCCAAAUUUUACGAUCUUGUACAAAGCUUAUUCGCAUCUACGAUCAAAGAACUAGAUUGUGAGAUCAGGGUUACAAUAUGGAGUUGAUUUCAUGGUGUAUAGACAUCACCCAUCUCUUCUCCACUCUGAAAACGCCGUUCUUGUUCAGUCCAUUAGCAGGAAUGAUCGGUUAAAGGUGUAGUCGGAUAUUCAUUGAUAGAAAGUACCUGAAGAAAUGUGAAACUUGAGCUUCAAUGAUGGUGAGUGGAAUUUGGUAACUCAUAGUUUCAGUUUUCUUGUUCAUGAAGUUAGGAUCUGUUUGACAAAGUUUUAUGAUUUAAAAUUUUUUACAUCCAU